AUGUCUGGAUCACAAAUGCAGUUAGAGGAUUGGCUGGACGACCUCUGCGUCCGCUUCAUCAUCAACCUCCCCCAGGAGGAUCUCUCCUCCGUCGCUCGAAUAUGCUUCCAGGUCGAAGAAGCUCAGUGGUUCUACGAGGAUUUCAUCCGUCCACUUGACCCGACCCUGCCGUCCAUGACCCUGCGAACUUUUUGUCUACGAAUCUUCCAGCAUUGCCCCUUAUUGGCCAACUUUUCUGUCGAGAAUCAUACCAAAGCUUUUGAGGAGUUUUUGGAAUACAAGACUCGUGUUCCUGUACGAGGUGCUAUCAUGCUGAACGAGGCCAUGGAUUCGACAGUCCUGGUCAAGGGAUGGAAGAAGGGAGCCAACUGGAGUUUCCCACGAGGAAAGAUCAACAAGGACGAAGAUGACCUGGAUUGUGCCGUUCGUGAGGUAUAUGAAGAGACCGGCUUGGACCUCCGAGCUGCUGGCCUGGUACCCACCGAACAUAAGCCAAAGUACAUUGAAAUCUCGAUGCGCGAACAGCACAUGAGGCUUUACGUCUUUCGAGAUGUUCCAAUGGACACCGUAUUUGAACCCAAGACAAGGAAAGAAAUCAGUAAAAUCCAGUGGUACAAGCUAUCGGAGCUACCAGCCUUCCGCCGCAAGAAUGGCCAAGCGAACGAUGCCAACACUGCACCUAAUGCCAACAAGUUUUAUAUGGUGGCACCGUUCUUAGUGCCGCUGAAGAAAUGGGUUAUGGCGCAGAAGAAGAUUGAAGCAAGGAGAGCGGCAAACAGCUCGCAGGGUUAUGGACCUAUCAGCGAAGCCCAAUACGAGGACGAAGCAUGGAACGAUACUGGCGCCGAAACUACGGAUCAAGGCCCCGCGAUAGAGACGCUCGCAGGUGCGACACAGGAGUUACAGCGAUUAUUGAAGGUGCAACCUCCCACUCAAGGACUACAAGGUGUUUCUGCUCCGGCUCCGGCUCCACAGGAUAAAGGAAGUGCAUUGCUUUCUAUCCUCCAAGCCAAAGGCGGUCCUACCAGCGCCAUGCCGCCGCCAGCUGGUGCUCACUAUCCUCAGACUCCUCUUGAUCACACAGUUACCAAUGCUCCCGAACCUCAUACGCCGCACCAUCAUAAUAUUCACCAGAUGCCAUCCACAAAUACUCAGCAGCCACCGCCCCCAUUCCCGUACGCGCCUAAUCAAGGCGCUCACUGGGGUAUGGGACUUGGACAGCAGGCUGGCAAUCCCCAGCUAUAUAAUCAGCAAUACUCCAUCCAGGAGGGUCAGUAUAAGAGCAACCAGGCUCCUCUGGUGCAUCCUCAACCAUUGCCCCCCCAGGUAGAAAGAGCUGUUUUCAACAGGAGUGUAUUCCAGGACGUUAACCAACCCACCCACAACCCUGUGCCCGGCCAGUUCCUUACUCAGCAGCAAGCGCAAUAUGGCUACCACGGCCAGAUGCCUCAGCAAUCUCUCAAUGGACCUGGGCAGCCGAGACCACAACCUAUGAACGGCCAGUCCAUGGCCCUCCUGAAUGCUUUCAAGGGCGGUAAUACCGCGCCACAGGUACAGCAGAAGCCUCAACAAGUCCCGUUCCCUCCUGGCUUCCCUGCACAGAGCCAGGGAUCUGUGUAUAGUAACCUAGGUGGAGCACAAGCGCAACGAAUUCCUCAGCAAGUCCCUCAUGCGGCCGGCCCUGUGGGAGGUCAAGACCGCUCAGGACCAAGUCCUAAGGAGCUGCCAGGCUCAAAGGUUGGGCCUCCUCCCGACAACCACCGCUCUGCUCUGUUAGGCAUGUUUCGCAAGGACGACCAGAAUCAGCCUCCUGCGCAAGGACCUCAGCCCGCUGGGCAGCCUGCUCCUGGCGGUAUGAUGAGUGAACUUCUGCGUUCAGUUGGCGGGGACAAUUUCAGGGCGAACAUUCCCCAACAAGCCCCAGUAGAUCCCAACCCGCUCCCGUCCAUGGAUGGCCUAUCCCUACAGCAACGACCUACUCAAAACGGUACACCUGGAUCUCAAGGGAGAGCGGAUUAUUCGCAACAAUAUGGUAUCCAAGCACAUGCACCGGCUGCCUCGCAACCUACUCAGCCCAUCCGUAUUCUUCAGCGAGGCCAGGGCGAACAAUUAUUUGGCAUCAAUGGAGCAUCCGCAUCUCCUCAGACUUCACUUGCCUCGCCAAGUGGAAUGUCUAGCCACCUGCAGCCUGCAGGUGCUGGUAUUAGCCCCAGCAUUGCACAAGCAUUCCCUGCUAUGAAUCGUCGUCGCGAGUCUGGUCCCGCUCAGAAGAGAGAACUGCUGUCACUCUUUGGCAAGCAGCCAUCCCCUGCUAGUUUGGAGGCAGCUAAGGGCAAAGAGGUCAUUGCUGGAACGCCUAGGUCUCGUCUUGCUUCCCUAGCCUCUGGAGCGGACGACCCUGCCGGCCCGCCCUCUCGUCGCGGUAGUCAGACGCCUAUCUCGCCAGCCGAACGCACGUUUUUGCUGGACUACUUACAGUCUGUUACCAAGAAUGCUAACCAUUGA